CGUGAAUGUUUUAAAAAUUAAAUACCACUCAAUACUAAUUAAUACUAAUUAAUAAUAUACAAUACUUAAUUGUUAGGCUUAAGUGCUCAACAAUAAUAGAUGUUCAUUAAGUUUACAAUUUAUAAUGUUUAUUUAAUGUAUUUGCAUUUGACUCAUUGACUCACGAUAUUUAGAUUCAUUCGCUAUCCGUGUUUCAUUUGCCAAUGACGACCACAGAUCAGAAAAUACGGUUGAAGAAAUUUUAGUAUUAAUUCUCGUUUUGUAAUUGAAUUUAUGGUUAACGUGAUUAAAAUAUAAAUAAUACAAAUAAAUUGACAAAAAAAAUUUAUAAUCAAGAUAUUUAGCUAAACACAAUGGAUCACUUACAACAAGGUUGGUUCACUGAGUCCGAUACAUGGCCAGGUGCUGGACUUUCAUUACAAAUAGAAAAAGUGCUUCAUAAAGAAAAAUCCCCAUAUCAAGAUAUCAUGGUGUUACAAACAAAAUCAUUUGGAAAAGCUUUAAUUUUGGAUAAUAUAAUUCAAUGCACAGAAUUUGAUGAAUUCACAUACCAAGAGAUGAUAAGUUUCUUACCACUUUGUAGCCAUCCUAAUCCAGAAAAAGUUUUAGUAGUGGGUGGUGGUGAUGGGGGUGUUGCACGUGAAGCUGUUAAACAUCCAAAAGUUCUUAGCAUUGAUGUUGUUGAAAUUGAUGAACGAGUAGUGAAACUUUCAGAACAAUAUUUACCGUUUAUGGCUUGUGGUUUUAAACAUGAUAAGGUGACACUGCAUAUUGAAGAUGGGUUUGAGUUUAUGAAAAACAAUGUCCAACAAUUUGAUGUCAUCAUUACAGAUUCUUCAGAUCCAGUUGGUCCAAAUGAGUCAUUAUUUCAGAAAACUUAUAUUGAAUCAUUGAAAAGUUCUUUAAAACCUGGUGGUAUCAUAUGUUCCCAAGUUGGAUCAAUUUGGAUUAAAGAAGAUCAGGAUACAAUGACCAGGUUGGCUAAAGAUUGUUCAACAAACUUUAAAAAGGUCACUCUAGCCACUAUAUCUAUCCCAUCUUACCCAACUGGAAACAUUAGUUUCAUUUUAGCUACAGACAAUGAGCUAGUAAAUUUCAAAAUACCAGCAUAUAGUUUCACACUAGAAGAACUUAAUAAAUACAAACUAAAGCAUUACUCACCAGAUAUACAUUCUGCUUCAUUUAGUAUUCCUAGAUUUGCUCGGAUGGCUAUUCCAGAUCUUAAUUGUUAAUAUUGUUUUAAUCUUUUAAUAUUACUACAUUUAUGGGCUUAAUUUUGUCAAAUGGCACUUUAUUGUUAUGCUCGCAAUUAAAUUACUUAUUUAAAAUAAUUAAAUAUUUAUUACACAACAAAUAGUAUUAAAUUAUAGAUUUUAGUAUUUUUAAUUGCAUUGUUGUUCUAUUUUGUAUUCUAACCAAA